GGCUGCCGGCUGCCCGGCGUGAGAGUUUGUCCGCUUCUCCCUCGUCCCGGAGCCCGCAGCCCGGCAGUCGCCAGGUCCCAAGGCGCGGGGUCCCCCGGCUGUGCAACAUGUCGAUGCUGGCCGAGCGUCGGCUGAAGCAGAAGUGGGCUCUGGAUCCAAGAAAUACAGCCUGGAGCAAUGAUGAUUCCAAGUUUGGCCAGAGGAUGCUAGAGAAGAUGGGGUGGUCUAAAGGAAAGGGUUUGGGGGCUCAGGAACAAGGAGCCACAGAACAUAUUAAAGUUCAAGUUAAAAAUAAUCACCUGGGCCUUGGAGCUAUGAUCAAUAAUGAGGAUAACUGGAUUGCUCAUCAGGAUGAUUUUAACCAGCUCCUGGCUCAGCUGAACACUUGUCAUGGGCAGGAAACUGCAGACUCCUCUGACAACAAGGAAAAGAAAUCUUUCAGCCUCGAGGAAAAGUCCAAGACUUCCAAAAAUCGGGUUCAUUAUAUGAAAUUCACAAAAGGGAAGGAUCUAUCAUCUCGGAGCAAAACGGACCUUGACUGCAUUUUUGGGAAAAGACAAAGUAAAAAGACUCUUGAGAUUUUAUUAUUAUUGGAAACUGACAUUGAUUCUGAAAUCAGCUGGGCGCAGAGAUGCUGGGGUGCUGACGAGUCCUAA